CCGGCGGACUCGGCUAGGUGCCGCUUCCUGUCCGCUUCUCUGCGCUGCCUCACGCUGCCUGCCCGGGACGCACCUCGACCCCCGGGCCCCCUCGCUGUCCCCGGCAGCGCCCCCGGCCCCAUGCAAUCCCGGCUCCUACUCCUCGGGGCACCCGGAGGCCACGGCGGCCCGGCCUCGCGGCGCAUGCGGCUGCUUCUGCGGCAGGUGGUGCAGCGCAGGCCGGGUGGCGACAGGCAGCGGCCAGAGGUCAGACUGGUGCACGCCGGCUCGGGGGCCGACACAGGUGAUACAGUUAAUAUUGGAGAUGUAUCCUACAAAUUGAAAAUUCCUAAGAAUCCAGAACUUGUGCCACAGAACUACAUUUCAGACUCCCUGGCUCAAUCUGUAGUUCAGCAUCUAAGAUGGAUAAUGCAGAAGGAUCUUUUGGGGCAAGAUGUCUUUCUAAUAGGACCUCCUGGGCCUCUUCGACGCUCUAUUGCUAUGCAGUACUUGGAGCUGACCAAACGGGAGGUCGAAUACAUUGCCCUUUCAAGGGACACCACUGAGACUGAUCUCAAACAGCGACGAGAGAUCCGUGCAGGCACAGCUUUUUACAUUGAUCAGUGUGCAGUUCGUGCAGCCACAGAAGGCAGAACUCUCAUUUUGGAAGGUUUGGAAAAGGCAGAGAGGAAUGUUUUGCCUGUUUUGAACAACUUGCUGGAAAACAGAGAGAUGCAGCUUGAAGAUGGACGCUUCCUGAUGUCUGCUGAGCGUUACGACAAACUUCUCCAAGAUCAUACCAAAAAAGAAUUGGAUUCUUGGAACAUUGUCCGAGUUAGUGAAAAUUUCCGAGUGAUCGCCUUGGGCUUGCCAGUGCCAAGGUAUUCUGGGAAUCCAUUAGAUCCCCCUCUUCGUUCUCGGUUUCAAGCCAGGGAUAUUUAUUAUUUACCCUUCAAGGACCAACUUAAGUUGUUAUAUUCAAUUGGAGCCAAUGUUUCUGCUGAGAAAAUUUCUCAGCUCUUGUCCUUUGCUACAACUCUGUGUUCCCAAGAAUCUUCUACUCUUGGACUUCCAGAUUUUCCUUUAGACAGUUUAGCAGCUGCAGUUCAAAUCUUGGAUUCCUUUCCUAUGAUGCCAAUCAAACAUGCAAUCCAGUGGCUUUAUCCGUAUAGUAUUUUACUAGGUCACGAAGGGAAGAUGGCUGUGGAAGGUGUUUUAAAGCGCUUUGAACUUCAAGAUUCAGAAAGCUCUCUGCUUCCUAAAGAGAUUGUAAGAGUAGAGAAGAUGACGGAAAACCAUGUGUCCCAAGCUUCUGUGACCAUCCGGAUUGCAGAUAAAGAGGUGACCAUUAAGGUGCCAGCUGGGACCAGGCCAUUAAGUCAACCUUGUACAUCAGACCGUUUCAUACAGACUUUGAGCCAUAAGCAGCUACAGGCUGAAAUGAUGCAGUCUCACAUGGUUAAGGAUAUAUGUUUAAUUGGAGGAAAGGGUUGUGGAAAAACAGUGAUCGCCAAGAACUUUGCUGAUACCUUAGGAUACAACAUAGAACCUAUUAUGCUCUAUCAGGAUAUGACAGCACGUGAUCUGCUACAACAGAGAUACACCCUUCCAAAUGGAGACACUGCCUGGCGGUCCUCACCCCUUGUGAAUGCUGCUCUGGAAGGCAAGCUGGUCCUGUUGGAUGGCAUUCACCGGGUGAAUGCGGGCACACUUGCUGUAUUGCAAAGAUUAAUCCAUGAUCGAGAGCUAAGCCUCUAUGAUGGUUCUAGGCUGCUGAGAGAAGACAGGUAUAUGCGUUUAAAAGAGGAGCUGCAACUGUCUGAUGAACAGCUACAGAAGAGAUCCAUUUUUCCAAUCCAUCCCUCCUUCAGAAUCAUUGCCUUGGCAGAACCCCCUGUUAUCGGAAGCACAACACACCAGUGGCUGGGACCAGAAUUCUUAACCAUGUUCUUUUUCCAUUACAUGAAACCACUGGUGAAAAGUGAAGAAAUCCAAGUGAUUAAGGAAAAGGUCCCAAAUGCACCUCAAGAAACUCUGGAUAAAUUAUUAUCAUUUACACACAAACUCAGAGAAACACAAGAUCCAACGGCACAAUCAUUAGCGGCCUCACUUUCUACCAGGCAACUGUUGCGAAUUUCUCGUCGGCUGUCACAGUAUCCUAAUGAAAAUCUUCACAGUGCUGUUACUAAAGCCUGCCUUUCCAGGUUUUUACCCAGUCUUGCUAGGUCAGCAUUAGAAAAAAAUCUGGCAGAUGCUACAAUAGAAAUAAAUACUGAUGACAAUUUGGAGCCAGAACUGAAGGAUUACAAAUGUGAAGUAACAUCUGGAACUCUGAGGAUUGGUGCUGUUAGUGCUCCUAUCUAUAAUGCACACGAGAAAAUGAAAGUGCCUGAUGUUCUUUUCUAUGACAACAUUCAGCACAUGAUAGUGAUGGAAGACAUGCUGAAAGACUUUCUCCUUGGAGAACACUUAUUAUUGGUUGGCAACCAGGGUGUAGGAAAAAACAAGAUUGUUGACAGAUUCCUUCACCUGCUCAACAGACCCCGAGAAUAUAUUCAGCUACACAGGGAUACAACAGUACAAACUCUUACACUUCAGCCUUCAGUUAAAGACGGACUUAUUGUAUAUGAAGACUCACCUUUGGUUAAAGCAGUAAAGUUGGGUCACAUUCUGGUAGUAGAUGAGGCAGACAAAGCUCCAACAAAUGUCACGUGUAUUUUAAAAACUCUAGUAGAAAAUGGAGAAAUGAUUCUAGCAGAUGGAAGACGCAUUGUUGCAAAUUCUGCUAAUGUGAAUGGAAGAGAAAAUGUUAUUGUGAUUCAUCCUGAUUUUAGGAUGAUUGUCCUGGCAAACAGACCUGGAUUUCCUUUCCUAGGCAAUGAUUUCUUCGGUACCUUAGAGAGAGAGAGAGAGAGAGAGAGAAUAUAUCCUCCAAAGCUGCACUGUGUGCUCUACAAAUAUUCUUGGAAAUACAGUCAAUGUGGUCAGUGCCUCCGCUCACAAGGUGAUAUUUUUAGCUGCCAUGCAGUUGAUAACCCCAAACCCCACUCGGAGCUCGAGAUGCUCAGACAGUAUGGACCAAAUGUGCCGGAGCCCAUCCUUCAGAAGCUUGUGGCUGCCUUUGGAGAGCUGAGGAGUUUGGCUGACCAAGGGAUUAUUAACUAUCCUUAUUCUACCAGAGAAGUUGUCAACAUAGUCAGACAUUUACAGAAAUUUCCCACUGAAGGUCUCUCCAGUGUAGUUCGAAAUGUGUUUGACUUUGAUUCCUACAACAACGACAUGAGGGAGAUAUUGAUUAACACAUUACACAAAUACGGGAUACCUAUUGGAGCAAAGCCUACCAGUGUGCAACUGGCAAAGGAGUUGCCUCUGCCAGAACAGACGUUCAUGGGCUACUGGACAAUUGGUCAGGCAAGAAGUGGGAUGCAAAAACUCUUGUGUCCAGUGGAAACUCAUCAUAUAGACAUAAAGGGUCCAGCACUUAUAAAUAUACAGGAGUAUCCAAUAGAAAGACAUGAAGAAAGAUCCCUAAACUUUACUGAAGAAUGUGCCUCCUGGAGAAUACCACUGAAUGAAGUUAAUAUAAUCUGUGACAUUGCUACAUCACAUGAAAAUGAGCAAAAUACUCUCUAUGUCGUUACAUGCAAUCCUGCUUCCCUGUACUUUAUGCAUAUGACUGGGGAAAGUGGCUUCUUUGUGGACUUGUUUGAUAUCUUCCCAAGAACAGCCAAUGGCAUUUGGCACCCUUUUAUGACAGUGGCACCGCUGGGAAGUCCUCUCAAAGGUCAAGUGGUUCUCCAUGAGCAGCAGAGUGAUGUUAUCCUCUUGUUAGAUACCACUGGCCAGGCCCUUCGUCGCCUCAUCCUCCCUUCAGAGAAACUUACAUCUAAGAAACCUUUCUGGUGGAACAAAGAAGAAGCUGAAACUUAUAAAAUGUGUAAAGAAUUUUCACACAAAAACUGGCUGGUAUUCUACAAAGAAAAAGGGAACAGCCUGACUGUGCUGGAUGUUCUAGAAGGGCGAACUCACACCAUCUCACUUCCCAUCAAUCUCAAGACAGUUUUCCUUGUAGCAGAGGACAAAUGGCUUCUGGUGGAGAGCAAAACAAAUCAGAAAUAUCUUUUAACUAAGCCUGCACACAUCGAGUCUGAGGGUAGUGGGGUUUGCCAGUUGUAUGUGCUGAAAGAGGAGCCGCCCAGCACGGGGUUUGGAGUUACACAAGAAACAGAGUUCAGCAUACCUCAUAAAAUUUCCAGUGAUCAACUAUCAUCUGAACAUCUAAGUUCAGCUGUGGAACAAAAGAUUGCCUCUCCCAACAGAAUUCUCUCAGAUGAGAACAAUUAUGCUACAAUAGUUGUUGGUUUUCCAGAUCUCAUGUCACCCAGUGAAGUUUAUUCUUGGAAGAGACCAUCAUCUUUGCAUAAACGAAGUGGCACUGAUACAUUGUUCUAUAGCGGAAAGAAGAAAAGUGGGACUCCAAAACAAAGCAAUUGUGUGACUCUUUUAGAUUUGAAUCAGAUUGUGAGGAUUUUACCCCCAGGAGAAGUCCCUCUAAAAGAUAUCUACCCAAAAGAUGUUACUCCUCCACAAACAUCUGGUUAUAUAGAAGUCACUGAUCUUCAAUCAAAGAAACUCCGAUAUAUCCCUAUUCCCAGAUCAGAAUCUCUGUCGCCGUAUACCACAUGGCUGUCUACCAUUUCCGACACAGAUGCACUGCUAGCGGAGUGGGACAAAAGUGGGGUUGUUACUGUUGAUAUGGGAGGUCACAUCAGGCUUUGGGAAACUGGACUUGAACGUCUGCAGCGAUCUCUCAUGGAAUGGAGAAACAUGAUUGGACAAGAUGACAGAAAUAUGCAGAUAACAAUCAACAGAGACAGUGGUGAAGAUGUAAGCUCCCCCAAACACGGGAAGGAGGACCCAGACAACAUGCCUCACGUGGGCGGCAACACUUGGGCUGGCGGAACAGGGGGAAGAGACACGGCAGGCCUGGGUGGCAAAGGAGGCCCUUACCGGCUGGAUGCAGGCCAUACGGUGUACCAGGUCUCUCAGGCUGAGAAAGAUGCAGUUCCCGAGGAGGUCAAGAGAGCUGCUAGAGAGAUGGGCCAGAGAGCAUUCCAGCAGAGGCUAAAGGAGAUCCAAAUGAGUGAAUACGAUGCUGCAACCUAUGAAAGGUUUUCAGGUGCUGUUCGGCGACAGGUGCACUCCCUCCGAAUCAUCCUGGAUAAUUUACAGGCUAAAGGUAAAGAAAGACAGUGGCUAAGACAUCAAGCUACUGGGGAACUAGAUGACGCCAAGAUCAUCGAUGGGCUGACUGGAGAAAAAGCCAUCUACAAACGUCGGGGUGAGCUGGAGCCGCAACUUGGCAGCCCACAACAGAAACCCAAGCGUCUGCGCCUGGUGGUGGAUGUGUCUGGUAGCAUGUACCGUUUCAACAGAAUGGAUGGCCGGCUCGAGCGCACGAUGGAGGCUGUGUGUAUGGUCAUGGAAGCCUUCGAGAACUAUGAGGAGAAGUUCAAGUAUGACAUCGUUGGACACUCUGGAGAUGGCUACAACAUUGGCCUGGUUCCAAUUCACAAAAUCCCCAAGGACAAUAAGCAAAGACUAGAAAUUCUGAAGACAAUGCAUGCCCACUCUCAGUUCUGCAUGAGUGGGGACCACACGUUAGAAGGGACAGAACAUGCCAUCAAGGAAAUUGUCAAAGAAGAAGCUGAUGAGUACUUUGUCAUAGUCUUGAGUGAUGCAAAUCUGUCACGAUAUGGAAUACAUCCUGCUAAGUUUGCUCAAAUCCUCACAAGUGACCCUCAAGUAAAUGCUUUUGCCAUUUUUAUUGGCUCUUUAGGUGAUCAAGCAACGAGGCUGCAGAGAACUUUACCAGCUGGUCGGUCUUUCGUUGCCAUGGAUACCAAGGACAUCCCUCAGAUUUUACAACAGAUCUUCACCUCCACCAUGUUGUCGAGUGUCUAAGAAGUGCUCUUCAUCACCCUGAUGACAGCAGGAUUUGAAAUAAGACAGGAGUAAGGAGUAUUCUGAAAAAGAGAUACGGAUGAAGUGAACCCAUGCAGUGACUGGAUGAUUCCGGCAUUCCUGGGUCUUCCUCCACUUGCUCAGUAAUGAGAAUUCAGAAAAGCAGCCAGAGGGAGGCUUGAACAUGGAAAGAUGUUCCACUGAUGACUUCAGAAGCUCAAGCUAGUUGGCCCACACUUUAUCAAACGUUGGCGUUAAAGGCAGGUGGUUUUGAGAACUAUGUGUUUGGUCUAUUUCCAAAAACCUGAGGGGGAAAAAAUACUUUGUUUUUGCCUUAACACGUCAUCUGGUCACCUAAGAUAAGAAAAGCGACCCCAUCAAGCCGCGCCUUUGGUGUCACAUUCUGACAUAAGAUGCAAAACCCACCAAAAUGCUCCUAUCCAAUAAUUAUUUUUAUUUUCUCCCUGCUCUGUAUUGACCAGAAAACAAUGAUUUUAUAAUAUUUAACCCACCAAAAUGUCCCUCCAACAGCAAUAUUUUAUGAAAGGUUGGCUGUUCUCAAUAAUUUCAUUUUCUUGGCCAAAGUCAAAAGGAAUCAAAAAAUCCUUGGAGUGCUUGCCUUUCCAUGUGACUUUUAAAAGGCUCUUAAAUAAUAAAGAGCAAAUGUCCUCUUCUUCUUGCUGCUAGAGUGGGAGGAGAAAGGUGUCUUGCCUUAAAAGUUUACUGUUUCUUCUGUUCUUCUAGCAUCUCUCAAAAAAUUCACAGUACUCCAUUUUGAGGUGCAAACUGUAAUGCUCAAAAUAAUAAAUGUUUAUAAGAAAAUUCUUUAUUGAGAACAUUCAUACAAAAAUUACCUAAAGCAAAGUAAAAAAAGUAAAAUCAAGGUGGUAUAUUUGAAGUGAAUGGUGAUUGGAGAUUUCUUUAGCUGUAACAAACAAACAAAAAGAAAGAAAACAACUUUUUUUAAAGCCUCAUUCUUUUUUCUGUCAAAAUGUACCUUAUUCCCACACACUCUUGGACUGACCUUUGUUUUAUCAAUAGGCUCAAUAUCACUUUGUUUAAAAUCAAAUGCUUCAGCAGAAGUCAUUCUCUCUUUAACCGUAUAAUGUAAAAACUCCUCUUCACCAUUGAUAGCAAAAUCAGAAACUUUAGGGCAUCAGUGAAUUGAAAAAAUUGGUCUUAAAUUGGAAAAGCUAAUCUUAUUAAUAAUAUUAUCCUGUCCAUCCAUAUAUUUUGAAAUUGUACAGGUCCAUAAUUUCAUUUUAAUUAAUUAUAGGAGAGAAGAGAAGACCCAUUUGUUCCAUCACCCCCUCUCGCUGUCAUUAACUAUUAAAUAAAUAAAAGCUAUCUGCUUUCCAGCGCAGUACUA